UGCAUUAGCCCAGCGUAUUUUCUUAAAACAGCAAAUAGCAUCGAUUCAUUUCGGAAAAGCAUUUCACUGUAAUAUUCUUUAUCUUUUGAUUUUCUUCUCCAAGCUAUGAUGAGAUAAUUGUCAAGUUUCUAAGCAAUAAAUAGACGUAUUGCUUAAAGUUAGCAAUAAUUAAAAUGGAUGAAAAAUACCUGGAAAAAUCAGACGAAACGGAGAAAAAAAAUCGACAUGUUUUACCAGGCGAGCAUGUUUACGAAGAUGUCUUGUUCUUCGGCUACACACCUGCAGACAUUCUGGACGCUGUGAAGGAGUUCAAAGUCCGAGACGAUGACGUCAUCAUAGCAACAUAUCCAAAAGCUGGAACAACAUGGUUGCAGGAAAUAGCUUGGCUAAUAAUGCAUGAUGGAGAUUUUGACGGUGCUUACCGAAAACCAGUCUACUUCCGGUCUCCAUUUCUGGAGUUUAAGGACGAGGUUCUAAAUGAGGUCGGCCUUGACCUUGCAAAUCCGAUGCCAUCACCACGGGUUAUCAAAAGCCAUUUACCCGUGAAACUCAUGCCAAAACAAAUUCACGAAAAAGACUGCAAGAUAUUAGUUUUGUUUCGAAACCCCAAGGACCUGUGCGUUUCCUACUAUCAUUUCUAUCGCUCCAGCUCAUCAUUCGGCAAGUUCACAGGGACAUGGGAAGAUUUCUUCGAAAUGUUCAUGGAAGGGCACGUCGAUCAUGGUUCCUGGUUCGACUACACGAAGAGUUGGUGGGACAUGCGAAACCGGGAAAAUGUAAAAAUUGUGUUCUAUGAAGAUAUGAAAGAAGAUCUUCAUACUGAGGUGGCAAAUAUUUGUGAAUUUCUUGGUAAAAAUCUAUCCGAAGAUUUGUUGAAACGAAUUGCGGAGCACUGUCAAUUCGAGAACAUGAAAAGAAACCCGAUGACAAACCAUCUUGAUGUUUAUUCCAUUAACGCUAAAGUUUCUCCACUUCUCAGAAAAGGGACAGUUGGUGACUGGAAGUUCCACUUUACUGUAUCACAGAAUGAGAGAUUUGACAAGUUCUACAACGAUAUUCUCGGACCACUGAAUAUACCUUUCAAGUAUAAUCUAACGGCAAUGACAUAAAUAAGCAUUGACCCACAAUGAGAAAAUAGUCAACCCCUUCCUUCAGCCAUAGCAAAACUGCACGUAUUGUUCGUUUCCUAAACACGAGAACAUUGAACAAUUUGAAAAUUAGUCUAUCAUUUACAAAAUACAACAGCUUAACCUUUUUCAUAUUUAAUUGAAUGCAUUUUUAUGUUUCAGAAAAAGAAAUACCCUUCAAGCCAGCUAGGUCAGUACAAAAGCCUUCGGUCAUUGUAAUCUGGACUUCUAACAUACUGACCCUAUUAGCAACAGAGGUUAUCUACUGACAGCAGGCAAUCAUCAAACCACAGUUGACAAUCCUAGGCCAGAGCAUUCUCUAAAAUAUGGAUAAGGAACUGCUGUCAGUCUACAGGUCAACAUGACCUUCACCUUGAGCCCUACAACAAAAAGUGACCUGAACAUAGGAAAUACCACAGUAAUUGGUUACUAACAAUUUUCAUUCUCGAGGUCACUCUAACCAUGACCUUUGACCCUCCAAACUAUAGGAGUCAUGUAGUGAGGACAGGAAUUUAAUCUAUGAAGUUCAGCUUUUUUGAGUUUUUUUAGACAGUAUCUCCCUAACAAUAAACAAACACUGAAAAUGUCAUAAAACGUUGUUUAAAUGUGACCGACCAUCUUUAUCUCCAUACAGAAAAUUGUUUAUUCAAAUUUGUCCAAAUAUUUAAUAGAGAUACUACACAUAAUUCUACAUGUUUAAGACAUCAACUUCAAGGUUUUAUAAGUAUUUACAACAUGUAAAGUUGAAGUGUGUGAAUUCUGACACAAAAAACACUUACAAAAUAGUGAAUUCUUCAUGUUUGUGCUGGUACAAGUAUAAAACAAGAACCUUAUGUGUUGUGAUUAAAUGUUGUAAAACAAUAGAGUAUUUUGUGGGAAUAAGAGAACACAGUUAUAUGUCUCUGACAUAUCUUUUAAUAUUCCUAUUAUAUAGUAA